GGAAGGCUUGAAGUUGUGCCAUCACUGAAAAGCCCCUUCCCGCAGAAUCAUGUCAGGGCCCACCGGUGGCAGAGAGGGUGAGGUUUAUGAAAAUGAUAGAUACUUCCACCUCAGCAACAACUACAUGCAGAACCGCAAUGCUGUGCAAGGAAACUACUUUCAAGAGACAGGUGGUGGUAACAGGAAUUACAUGGGGAAUGGGAAACUGAUGGCCAACGUACGCUAUGCAAGAGACGAGGAUUCCCCCUAUGGGGACAACUACUAUCAGAAUCGACACCCAGAGGGAAGGGGCUACAGGCAAGGGAGGGAAGCAGACUCCAAUGAGUUUGAGGAUAGGGAUGAGAAUGGCGAUGACUAUGAGGACUAUGAGGAGAAUGAGGAGUUUGAGGAUGAAGGAGAGCCGGUUGACUGCAAUGUCGCUGUGGAGAACGAUGAAGAGUAUGAAGUGGUGGAGGAUGACGAAUAUGAGGUUGUCCAGGAAGAUGCUGAGUAUGAAGUAGUCAGAGAUGAUGAAUAUGGCGAAUAUGAAGUAGUUCGAGACAGAAGUAGUGAUUGUGGGGGGAGUGAAGGCCAUGCCAGGGGUUAUAGCAGUGAUGAAUCUGAGGAGGAAAAUGAACCAGAGCACUGUCAAAAUGAGGAGGUCAAUGAGAAUAGAAUACAAGAUGUGAACAAAGAGAGGCCGAUGGAAAAUGAUGUCGAGGCAGAUGACGAACAGUCUGUAGAGGAUGAGCACCCAAGAGAUAAUGACAGAGAGGAUUAUGAAGAUGAACGUGAAAGGGAGACUGUAAAGGAAGAAGAUGAAGACACGGGCAAGCUGAACAAAGUGAAAAUAAAAAAAGAAGUCGUAUGUGAGGAUGAAGCUAUGAGUGAUGAGGAAUAUGGGGAUUAUGACAACUUCCUCCCCCUCCAGUGCCUCGAAACUUCCAUGGAAACCCCUAAGGAUGAGGUGCCUAUUGUCCCCCCUCCAGAAGAGAAGCUCUUUACAUGCGAUGAGUGCGGGAAAGAGUUUACUCAGGAAAGUAAUCUGAUUGCACAUAGACGAACACAUACGGGUGAGAAACCUUUUGAAUGUACAGUGUGUGGAAAGAGGUUUUACAGGAGUGAGUAUCUCACCAUACAUAAACGUGUACACACAGGGGAAAAGCCCUUCAAGUGUGGGGAAUGUGGAAAGGGAUUUUCACAAAAGAGUAGUUUAAACAUACACAAGAGGCUACACACGGGUGAGAAACCAUACGAAUGUUCUGUGUGCGGAAGGAAGUUUACCGCAAAGGGGAGCUUCGAUAGUCACGUGCUAAAGCAUACUGGAGCUAAGCCUUUCUUAUGUACAAUCUGUGGGAAGCGCUUUACACAGAGAAGUAGUCUGAACACUCACAAGCGAACACACUCCGGGGAAAAACCCUUCGCCUGUUCUGAAUGUGGUAAGAAGUUCACAACAAAAGUGAAUUUAGAGGAACAUGAACUAUUACACAAAGGACAGAAGCCUUUUGAAUGUGCAGAUUGUGGUAAGAAGUUCACUCAGAAAAGCCACCUGAAUAGUCACAGGAGAAUACAUUCAGGAGAAAAGCCUUUUGAGUGUUCUGAGUGUGGAAAGAAAUUUACCCAAAACAGUAGUCUAACCCUUCACAGAAAGAGGCUGCAUGCAGACAGCAAACCUUUUUCAUGUACAAAUUGUGAGGAAAGCUUCAUAUCCAAAUGGCUGCUGCAAAAGCAUGAAAAAACACAUGUAGAGGAGAGAUCAUUUGCGUGUACAGAGUGUGAAGAGAAAUUCACCAACAAAAAGGGAUUGAAAUCACACACCUUGAAGUAUCACACCUCUGUCUCAGCCAGCAGACCCAGGCCAAGAUUAACUGCCAAUGGGCACCAGACUCGGACGAGUCUUGGGUCCUCGUCACUCCCUGACAUUGGCUUGAAGGCAAAGACCAAGAGCUUCCCCACAUCAAGCCAGCUACUGCGACAUGCUCAGAAACUGGGGUUCUCGUUCAAUGACAGGGAAGAGAGGAAGGCAUUUUCGCCGAAGAGUGAACCUGAGGAGGAAGAGCAAGAUUUGCCUGAGACCUAUGAGGAGGAUGGGCCUGGAGGACCAUCGAUCUAUAUUCGCAUGAAGGAGGAGGAUGCUGACAUUGAUCAAGAGGAAAUUUACUGUGAAUAGCAAUAGGGAAUAAGAUAAAGAGACUAAAUGGAUGACUGUAUAUGUUUGGAUUGAAUGGAGAGAGGCAGAUGCCUAAGAUUUCUUUUCUCUUAAUAGAUUUCAGAGUUAAUCACAUGCUUUAAGGUAACAAAUGAAUUUAUAUAACUAUUUAUUGUAGCCAGCCAUGGCAUAUAUGUAUUGCAUAACAAGAAUAAAAUAUUGUGAUACCAGUCA